AUGGCUUCUUAUGAAGCUCUAUAUGGAAGGAAAUGUCGUUCUCCUAUCUGUUGGGCCAAAGUAGGUGACAGACCAUUGUUGGGCCCAGAACUUGUGCAGGAUACCACUGAAAACGUGAAAUUGAUUCGACAAAGAUUAAGAACCGCACAAAGUCGCCAAAAGAGUUAUACAGAUGCCCGUAGGAGAGAUAGAGAAUAUGCAGUUGGGGAUCAUGUGUUCAUAAAAGUAACUCCUAUGAAAGGGCCAUUGCGAUUUGGGAUAAAAGGCAAGUUGGCACCAAGAUACAUCAAGCCAUAUGAAAUUCUUGAGAAGAUCAAUUCAGUAACAUACCUACCCCCGGUGAUAGAAAACAUACACAACAUUUUUCAUGUUUCAAUACUUCAAGAUUACUUACGAGAUCCACUACAUGUGAUUGAACUGACUCAUGUGCUUUUGAAAGAUGAUUACAUAUACGAAGAAAGGCCAAUGCAAAUUGUUAAUCGCCGAAUCAAAAGAUUGAGACACAAGGAAAUCCCGUUAGUGAAGGUUGAUUGGCAGAAUCACGAGGGAACCUAUGCAACUUGGGAGACAGAAGAAGAUAUGAUGAGAAGAUACCCUGAACUGUUUCCUUUGGACACGGUAUUCUUCCAAAAUAAAGUUAUUGAGAUCAAAUCCUGA